CGCAGUUACUCACCUCGCCGACAAGCCUGCCGCGGAGAUGAGGACGCAGCGCUGUCUGGGAGGACGGGACAGACACCCGCCCGGGAGAUUUGUCAUCCUGCUGAUGAAUAAGCGGAGAUAGGUCUUGGUUAUGGACCCCGGUGCAAGUCCAUUGGAAAAGGCAUCUGCAACAAAAUCACCAGCAGUCCCAUGACAGUUCAGCAGCUGGGACCUGUUUCACCUCCUGCUAAUCUGGUUUCAGCAGCAUGCAACCAGAUCAGCCCUAGCUUACAGGGGUUUAUGGAUGCUUCCAGCCUGAGUGCUUCUCCAUCAGAUACAAGGUCACUCUUGUCAGCCGAGUCUCUGGCCUCUACAACGUUAAGUUUGCCAGAAAGUCAGUCCACUUUGAGUGUUAAGCAAGAGUGGUCGCAUGGGUGCAAGACGCUUCCUUUUGUUCCUCCUGACCAAGGUUUACAAAAUGUCAGUGAGCUGGGUGACUUACUAAAUUUUUCACCUGGAACAUCUGUGUCCGGUAACUGCGUCUGUAAUUCAUUACCGUCCUACUUAUAUGGCAUGGAAAAUAAGCAUUCCCCUUACUCUAGUCCUUGCCAUUCCUCAACCCAGUCUCAGUCAGUCCGCUCCAAAAAGAGAACACUGUCUCUAUCUCCUCUGUCUGACGGCAUUGGUAUUGACUUCAAUACAAUCAUCCGUACAUCCCCAACCUCUCUGGUGGCCUACAUCAACAGCUCCAGGACAUCACCAGCAAACGUCUCCCCACAGCCUGAGGUCUACGGACAUUUUUUGGGAGUGAGAGGAAGCUGCAUACCCCAAACUGCCCAGAAAGGCCUACUCAUGGCUAAUGGUAACGCCACCUUCCCAGGGUACGUUGAGAAUGGGGCUGGUGAGUACCAGCGGAUGCAGCAGCUGGAGCAAGCUAGCUUGCAGAUGGCCGCCACAAGUAACAUGGUGAUCCAGCAGAGCGUGCCGCCCAUGGACAAUCAGACGGUGGGUGUCCUGAAAAAUGAGCGGCUGGGUGAUUUCUCAGGCCGUACAGUCGAUAUGCCCCCUCCACCCCUGCUGCCACCGCCUCCUCCACAAGGGCCACCCCCACCAUACCAUGCUCACCAGCACCGGCAUCCGCACAGCCUCCCCGGUCGCAUUCACCCGCUGCCUGUGCCGCCUCCUGCCCCAGACUCCCUGCUUGACGAAGAUGGUGAGCUAGAUGAUUACAAUGACAAGCAUGGCUGUCGCUGGCUUGACUGCGGUGCUCUGUAUGACCAGCAAGAGGAACUUGUGCGGCACAUAGAGAAGAUACAUAUAGACCAGAGGAAGGGAGAAGACUUCACUUGCUUCUGGGCAGGGUGCCCACGAAGGUACAAGCCAUUUAAUGCCCGUUAUAAACUGCUGAUUCACAUGAGAGUCCACUCAGGAGAGAAGCCGAACAAAUGCACAUUCGAGGGUUGCAAGAAAGCCUUUUCAAGACUAGAAAAUCUCAAGAUUCACUUAAGGAGCCAUACGGGUGAAAAGCCGUACCUUUGUCAGCACCCUGGCUGCCAGAAAGCAUUCAGCAACUCCAGCGACCGCGCCAAGCAUCAGAGGACUCACUUGGACACUAAACCUUAUGCAUGUCAGAUUCCAGGAUGUACCAAACGAUACACAGAUCCAAGUUCUCUGAGAAAGCAUGUGAAAGCCCAUUCUUCCAAAGACCAGCAAGUCAGGAAAAAGUUGCGAUCGAGCUCAGAGCUUGGCCAGGACAUGCUGAAUGACUGCCUUGCAAUCCAGCCCCUCCAGCCAGCCCCAUCACCACAUGAUGCUGCAAAUAAUACCAUGGGGCACUCCCCAGGGCCUGCUCACAAUAUUUACUCAGUGGCCGUGUUCCCCAGCACACAGACAAGUCGAAGCGGAACAGCAGCUGGGGCAGUGUCCCUGUCCCACCCUAGCAGCCAUCCCUCCCCAGGAUGUAACAUACAGGGUAGUCCUCUCCAUCCUCCCCCCCAGUUACCUCUUCUCUCAGCUGUGGACUCAGAGAGGUUUGUUGCUCCGGAUCCUUCUCACCACAUCAGCCCCCAGAGAAUUUCAGUUCAGCCUCACAUGAUGCAGAGACGGACUCCACAACCUCCCCACCUUCAACAGCCUGCAGGAAUGCCUCUAAAGACAUACCAGCCAGCAGCAAACCCUUCUUUUCAACCAAAUAGCCUCGACAUCCAAGGUUUUUACGGGCAGCUUCAGCCUUUAUGCCUUCCACAUUAUGCUGACACUCAGAAGAAUGUACAACAUGGUAUUUCUUGCAAUAUGGAUCCUCCUUUUGAAGACUGCUUAGUUGCCACAUCAGCGGGCCAGGCAGGGCUUGGCAUUUUCCAUCAAACUUUUUCAGCUCAUUCUGGCAUUACAGUUCAUGACUUUCCAGCAGGGUCCACAGGUAUCUUUGGUGAUUCAGCUCACAGCAUGCCUGAGGAUAGCAGUUUACUACAAGUAAAUGCAGUGGAUCAUUGUUCUAGCCAGCUUUCUUCUAUCUACACUGAAGGCUAAAGUGAUAUGAAACUAGUUACAAGAUCUUGAUUCCAUUUCAUCUCACCCUUCUGAUAUUUCACUACAAAAAUUUUCUCUCCAUGAAACUGCCAUGUAUGUAUGGGGAUAUGGGUUGAUAUACAUACAUAAUGGAGAGGAAAAAAGUGAUCACCAAGCAUUCAUCAUGUAAUCAAGCAGUCAAUUGAGAAGGAGAAUGUUUGGAGAAACAAGCUUUGCCAAAACCUUAGCAAUUGUUUCUUUUCUUUUCAUCUGUGGCACAGCAACUCUACUUUUUUGGUUCUUUCUUCUUUUUAAUUUCUCAAAGGGAAUGCACAGACUGAAUAAGAAAACUGCUUGUUGGCGGUAAUCCUUUCAAGCUGAAUCAGUGGACUUAUUGAAGAACACAGCUUUAGAAAAUUCCUUUUUAAAAAAAAAAGGAAAAUAAGUAAAACGAGAGCAUACUACAAACAUUUCAAAGGUACACAACUUUUUGCACAACCUGUUUGCAUGUGAUGCUUCCAAAGUUAAACACACCCCAGCAUCAAACAGGGAGAGAAAUUAGACAUACAUCCUGGCACUACUCAUUGGAGGCAUUGGUGUGGCUUCUUUUUGGAGCCAAAGAUCAUUGGUACUGGAUUUCGUACUGGAUUUCUUACAGGCCUCGGUUUAGGUGUCUUUUCCUUCCUUCUGUAUUUUAAGCCAUACAACAUGGCCAUUGCUAUUUUUCCAAUAUUCCUUCUGACCCAGUGCUUUAUGCAAUAAAUAAGAAGGGUUAAAUGCACUACAUGAGAAGGUACAUCGACUUUGUCUAUAUAUAGCACAGCUGCUAGAUAAGAAUAAGUGUGGUUUAACUUUCUGUUGAUUUUUAAUUAUAUUGUAGAGCUUUAUUGCUGUAUGUGCUAUAGUACUCUAAAGUAAGGUUUCAAAUACCCUGUAGAAAAGAUUCUUCCUUUUUAAAAAAAAAUAUUUUUUUAAAGCAGCCUGUACUGAUUCAAUUCAAAUACUGAUUCAAAAAGUUUUUGUUGCCCUAACAUUUUUCAUUUCCAUAACACAUUUUCAGGAAGAAAAGCUACUCUUAAGUUUGCUAUGUUCCCUAUGGUUAUUUAGAGAUGUAGAACUGAACUGGUUUGGUGGUUUUGACUUUUCUACUCAAUGUCAGGCUCUGGUCCUCGAAUUUAGUCCAGGAUGCAAGCAGAUGAGGUUGCCCUUCACAAAAGCUACAAGGGCAUGAGUUAAAAACAAAAUUUUGCAGUGGAGAUGUGUCAUCACUGUGAUCCUAUAUACCUUGGGAGCAACUCUUACAUUAUGUAAGACUGAGGUUUUAGGUUAUUAAUCCCUGUUCAUCCAUUUUGUGGACUUCUUACUUUGUAGUGUGCAUCUUAAUAUUCUUAUGACCUGAUUUAAUAAGGACAAAAAUCCAGAGUUCAUUCUUAGAGGCUAGACCUAUGCUUCUGAAAUCACUUGUCUCGAAAGAUGAAUUUUAAAAAAUGUUUAUACCAACGUUUUCUUAUCCUGAGAAGCUUUUCAGAGUUGUUGAAUGCAGUUUGGGUCAAAUUCAUAAUUUAAUUUGCUGUUAUGUUGCAUAGAUGAAUUUAUGUCCAGAUGUUUAUAAACACUGGCAAUCUUUUGAGAUUUAUAUUCAUGAAGUAUAUUCUUAUAUACAGGCAUAUGUGCUUAUAUAUUUAAUGGAGAGAUUUUCAUCCAAUAAAUGCAAAGAAUAUAUGGAUAAACCAUGCAUAUAAAUUAUGUACAAUAAGAAAUAAUAUGGCUUAAAUACAGAUAAUUCUGUACUAAAUUCUUCCCCUUUUUAUUCUGCUUCUCACAUCACCAGUGAAUGUGUCCCUCUGCUUCAGCUUGCAAUAGUAGGUCUAGUUCUUACUAUAUGUGGUUUGCAUUGGGUUAAAUAUCAUCAAGGUUCCCUACACAGCUAUACAUACACAGGCAAAAAGACAGUCCUUUUGCAUUAAUGUAUGAUAUGGCCCAGUGCAUUGACAGCAAGUUUCGCUUUUUAAUAAAGCUUUAAUUUUAUGCUAUCUUACAACCCAUUCUGUGGUCACUGCACAUGCAUAACUUGAUUCAGCAGGAGUAAUUAGGCAUGCUGAACACUUCAGUUUCAAAUGUGUAGGACUGUUUCGUUCCAGUAAGGGCAGGAUCAGGCCCAGUGUGUACAUAUGCCCGUAUAUGUACAUACGUACUUUUGUAUAUAUAAAUCCUUCAAGGUCCUUCUAACCACAUGGUUGUCCAGAAUUUGUCAGUUGCUGUGUACAAAACUGAAAUAUUGCUGCUGACUUCAGAUCUGUACUGACUUUUAAAUCUUCUGAAAUAUUUUUUGUAGUAUCUGAGUAUACAAGCUGUCCAGUAGAGAGGGGGCUUAUACAUCAUGAAAGUUCCUGACCAAAGGGAAAGUGGGAAGACAGAAUUGAAAAAGGGUAUUCAUAAUUUGGGGGUUCAUCAGUUACAUUUAAAAAAGGAAACUUCUGCAAGUCAUUCAUUCAUUCUUUCAUAUAUAUAUAUAUAUAAAAAAAUUAUAUAUUUACAGCUUUCUAUGAGCCUUAAUCUUAAAAAAGAAGGAGCUAGAAUACAGUCAAAUUAAGCACAUGAGAGUGGGCUACCAGUCUGUAAAAAGGUACGCCUUUGUUUACUUCUGUAUCAAAGAGAAUUCUUCAUGAUUAUGUCAUUAUUCUCUUUGGAGUCAGACUGACUUUAGGGGAUCAGCUUAUAUCACUGAGGGCAAUUGUAUAAAAAAGAACCAUUUUAUCUCAUAUAUUUUGGAUAUUUAAAUAGGGAAUCAUGUUUGUCACAUGUUACAAUGAAAAAUGGUGCUUGUGAAAAUACAUAGCAUAAUGCCAGUUACUGACUUAUAUGCAAAAUACUUGUGCCUCAGUGAUUUUUGUGUUAUUAUUCUACUUGCUGGAUUGUUAACUUUCUAAAGGGAUUCAUAUCUAAGAGAUUAAGUUAUUUUAGACUAUGGACAUUAAACUAUAUUCUAAUGAAAUUAUUUACAAUCAUUCUUUUAUACAAUUCUCUUGUUUUCAGACUCAAAUGGUCUAUUUAUAUCUGCAUUAGAAAUGGGACUACACUGGAGUUUAAAAUAUAGUUUCAAAGCACAUGUACAAAUGUGUGAGUGUAUGCAAGUGCAUGUGUGUAUUUGGGUCUCCCUUUCUAUGUAGACAUAUACAUGUAUAUAUACACAGAUACAUAUAGGCAUUAUGGUUUACUAAUACCGAAUGCUGAAGUAUUGCAGUGCUAAGACCAUCUGUCACAUCGUAUUUUGUUUUCAGCUUUCUUUGAAGAGGUGUGAAUGAGUAUAAAAAUUACAUUUUAACUUUUUAUUCCCUGUUUUCCCUUUGUAAUUUUAUAGCAGAUUUUUUUAAACAGCACUUUUUGUUGUUUGUGUGAAAUUUUUUUUGGCUUUUUUUAUAUAUAUACUUCCUAGGAACAGAUAAAGCAAAAGCAAAAGACCACAAUUUAAAAUUGGCUGAGUAGGGUUUCAUUUAAGAAAAAAUUCUCUUUAUUCUGUGCAGAAAGCAGCAUCUUGUGUAAUAUUUUUUACACCAAAGCACUUUGGUGAGGAGAGAAAGUGGGAGUAUGUUUUUCCUAAACCUUACAGACUAUUCUACAUAUUUAUACAUGCUUACAUGUACACAUACGAACUCCAUUUACCAUACUGAAUAUCUGGCUGAUAUUUAGUCUAAAGAUGUAUCUGUUGCAUACCAUGAAAAAUAAAUUUUCAAAAGAAUUAGUUACACUUUUUUCUCUACUAGUAUGUAUAAUUUUGUGAUUUUUUACAGUUAUUUUUCAUAUAAUCAUAAGUUAUUUUUGUCCUGUUUCAUAAAAUUCUUUUUUUAUGUAAAAGGUAAAAUUGAAAGGUGUAUGUGCAUGGUACAAAAUAAAACUGGAAAAUUGUAACCCAAUGACAUCACCAGUAGAAUGUCUUAUUGUGAGAUGCCUUUAAAGAAAACUGCUCCAGCCGUUGUCCUUCACCAUAAAACUACUAGUAUUUGCAUGGAUUAGUAUAAUUAGAAACAGAAAUAGGAAAAAAAAAUCUCAGAUUUCUUCUAAAAAACACUUGUGUCAGAGUUUUAAGUCUGGAUUUAAUUAUUGUUAUAGUGAGGCUAGAGAUUUGUAGAGAUAAAUUAAUGCCUCGGUGCGUGUUUACACCCUGGGUGGAGACACAAAUAAAAGAAGAACAUUUAAUUACAUUUUUGUGCUGUGAUAAUUUUUAUUGGUUUCUUUGUUCAUGUGGUUCUACAAUACAACACGUAAAGAGAUUUUGCUUUUCUGUCUGGUUAUUGUUUCUAACAUACUCAAGCAAUUAAGAAAUUAUUUCAGAGCAUUUAAUGUAAGGAAGAGAGCAUCUAUUUUUACUAAAAUGCUAACAAAAGAUAGAGACAGAAGUUGAUGCAUGAUAAUGUCCGUAUUCUCCAAAACACAUCCUAAGAAUCCAGCAUGCUUAGGAAGUAAGAGGUUACCUUUUACCACUCCCAUAAAUGAGAAAUCUAAAGACAGAAUACAAACUAAUAAAUUAAGUGGAAAAAAA